UAAAUACUAAACAAGACGUAUAGUUCCUCAUCAUCUCCAAAAACACAAGAUUAGAAGCAAAGAAAAUAUCAUGGGUUCCGAAACUAGCCCUGAGCUUCUAGUAGUAGACUUCAACAAUCCAAAGAUGAAUGCAGGUUCAAAUUGUUGGUCAUCUGCCUGCAAAGACAUAAGAAAAGCCUUUGAAACCCAUGGUUGUUUUGUUGCAUUAUACGACAACAUUUCACCCCAACUCCACGACUCCAUCUUCAAAGCAACCCAAGAGGUACUUGAUCUUCCCAUUCAAACCAAACUCAAAAACAUUACCGAAAAACCCUAUCACGGAUAUACGGGUCAAAUCCCCAUUGCGCCCCUCCACGAAGCCACAGGCAUCGACUACGCCAACACUCUCCAUGGAGCUCACAGUUUCACCACACUCAUGUGGCCUCAAGGAAACCAAUUUUUCUGUGAGACCACGAUGAGCUUUGCGAAGGCGGUUGCAGAGAUAGAGAAAAUGGUGGUGAUGAUGUUCUUUGAGAGCUACGGCGUGGACAAGUAUGCGGAGGCACAUAGUAACGCAACCACUUAUUUUCUCCGAUUGAUGAAGUACGACCCCCCUAGCGAGGGAGAGACCACGUUGGGUCUUCCGCCCCACACAGACAAGAGCUUCAUCACCGUACUUUAUCAGAAUCACAUCUCCGGCCUCCAAACUAGGUCUAGAGACGGCCAAUGGAUUAAUGUCCAGUUCCCGGCCGCCUCUUUCCUUGUCAUGGCCGGAGAUGCUUGCAAGGCAUGGAGUAAUGAUCGAGUGUUUUCUGCCACCCACAAAGUUAUCAUGGAUACCGAAAGAAAGGAAACCAGAUACUCAACUGGAUUGUUUUCUUUUCUCAGUAAGACUUUGGAAGUUCCAGUGGAGUUGGUUGACGACGAACACCCUUUGAAAUUCAAGCCCUUGGCUCAUAUUGAUUUGUUGAAGUUUUUUGCGACAGAACAAGGCCGACGAUCCCAGAAUUUACUUGAAGAUUUUGUUGGGAAAAGUGGUGAAUAAAUAUUCACGAGUGUCAAAAAUAAAUGACACUUGCACAGCGGAACCAGGAUAAUUCUUUUCCCUCUUGCUGGAUUACAAAAUGGGAUCCAAACCAAGAAAAAAUAUUUGGUGCAAAAUAUAAGAAAAUAUGAGACAAGAAUUUUUACGUGGAAAACCCAAAUUGGGAAAAACCACGAGACCGUAGUCUAGAAAUCUUCCACUAUGUAUAUAGUAGGCUUACAAAAUUCUCCCUACACAAAAUAGGGGAAACACAAAUCUCAAGUUUAAUAACUUGGAAAACACAAGAGGACUGAGCUACUAUUUUAAGAGAGAUGAAAAAAUCCUAUGAUUUUUCCUCACAAUUUUCUUCUCUCAAAAAAGCACUCACCAAACUCUCUCUUGUUGCCUCACUUUUCUCUUCACUCU